CAAGCCAACAAAGGAUGCAAGAGAGUUGUAUUUGAACCUAGAGAUUGGGUUUGGGUGCAUAUGCACAAGGAGCGAUUCCCUGCACAAAGGCAUUCUAAGUUGCAACCAAGAGGCGAUGGACCAUUUCAAGUGAUUGCGAGGAUUAAUGACAACGCAUACAAGUUGGAGCUUCUUGGUGAAUAUAAUGUUAGUGCUACUUUUAAUGUUUCUGAUCUUUCUCCUUUUGAUGUAGGUGACGAUUUGAGGAUAAAUCCUUUUGAGAAGAGAGGGAAUGAUGGGAAUCAAGACGACAGCAUAUCUACUACGUCAUGUGAUCCAUUACACACCCAAGGAGGUCCAGUCAUGUGAGCUAGAGCUAAGAAGAUGCGUGAAGCUUUAAAUGACCUUAUUGAGCAGAUCUAGGUUGAAAACAACAUACAACAAGCAAAUCGAAGCUUGGAUGAUUAUCAAGGCAUGGUAAACAUCAUUCAGGUUCAAGAGAAGCUUAGUUGAGGCCAUUUGCACGGAAUUACACAGUUUGUGUCAAAAUUGCACAAUUCUGCCGCAAUUUGUAGCAAACUGAUAUUUCAUGUUAUUUUAGGUUAUUUUUAGUGAUUUUGACGUUUUUUGUAUUAUUUUUGGGCUGAACAUUCACUUAUUUGAAGCCCAAUUCGUGGUUAUUAGGUUUAGAACUUAGGGUGUUAAUUUCCUAUUCU